AUAGAGAUUGUAAAAACAUUUUUGCAACAUCAUGUGCAUACGGCAUCGGCAAUGCGACUUACUCGAAAAUGCCGUAAUCGGUGAAUGUCAAAAGUCUUCAUCAACAUAUGCUUGUUUUCUUGAAGUUGACAGCAGCAGCAGCAAUUAGUUAAAAGAAUGUCACCUAGAGCCCUCAAAAUGUUGCUGUAUUAUCAGUGCAGAUUUACCUGCAUGCUGUCUCAACCAUGUUUGAGGUACUGGAGUUUAGCUCCUGUCUGCAGACAAAACAAGCAUUCAUUCAGGAAAACAAAUGAAAUACCAAAAUAUAGAAUGUUUCUUAAGACAUUUUCAUAUGAUCCACAAAGUGCCACAUUAUUUAAAAAGUAUUUAAGUUUGUCUUUAAAAGGCCAAAAUAUUAUAUUCACAAAGAAUGAUAUGUCAUUAUGUAGAUGUGAUGGAGUGUCCUUUGUUAAGCGUUUCUUAUCAUCUGGAUCUGAUUCGGCUGAUUAUAAAAAUGAUAAGGAAGUACAGUCUUUACUCCAAGAUAUCCGUGAAGAUUUCAAUAGGGAGCUUAAUCAAAUAAGUUCCAACAAAAGUUCAAAUACCCAUAAGGGUGAUGAUGAACAUAAGGUAGAAAAUGAUGGUGAAAUUGAGAAAUAUGAAAAACUUGGCUACACCACUGAAGAAUAUAUUGCCAUGCUGAAAGAAAGACGGGAAACAAGUUUGAAUGUUGGUACAUUACAUGUUCAAGGCAUCAACAAUGAAGAUGAUGAUGCAGAUUUACACAGCGAUUCAUCAAGUAGCGAUAGUGACAGUGACUCCUCUAGUAGUUCCAGUAGUGACAGUGAUGAUGAUAACAAUGGUGGUAGUGGUGGUGGUAAUGACAACAGCAAUAAAAAAUCAAAUAAGAUUGUAAAAGAAAAAAACAGCAGUCUUGAGAAGGAGAAAACAGACAUUAAAGUUUUUUCUAAACCUGAAGCCAAACAAAGUUUAAAAGCAUCAGCAAACAAAAGUGAAAUUGAGAUUUCUGAGCUCUCAGAGGAUGGCAUUGUGGGUAAAACAGAAAGUGAGGUGUUGCAUGCUGGGAGGUAUAGGAUAGGCUCAGAGAACCCAGACUCGGUUGUGGUUCUGUCGUACCCUGAGGACGACAAUCUACCUGGGACAAUCAAGGCCGCUGGUAAGGGCAGCACAGUGGCCCCAGACACUGGAAGGAUGUGGUCGGACGUUGAGAUAGAGGACUUUGUGAACAUAGUUCAGCCUGAGCCUGAUGUAGCCCAGCCCUGGCAGGCCCCCAUACCUCUCACACGUGGGAAGACAGGCGUGUUUGACGUUGAAGAUCUGGUGACGCUGCUGGAGUCAAUAAACGCAGCCGACAUUGUUACCAUCCGUAUCUCGCCGGACCUCAACUUUGCCGACUAUAUGGUCAUUGUUAGUGCCAACAGCAACAGACAUCUGCGCGCCAUGGGUGAGGACUUGAAGUGGACAUACAAGCGUAAGCGAGGCUACAAGGAUCGGCCCUAUGUUCGUGUUCAUGGCGAGGAUACAGAGUGGUGUUGUCUAGAUCUGGGAAACAUUGUUCUCCACAUGUUCAUGCCAGAUGUGCGUGAAAAAUAUGACCUUGAAACCCUGUGGACUGUUGGACCGAAAUUUGACCCGAAAUGUGUGGAGGAAGCAGACCCGUAUACAUUCUCUGAGGAAGAAUUGCCAUGGUUACGAGACCUUGAGAGUAAAAAUGAGCAACAGUUGGAGGGAAAUAAUGAGCAACAUUUGAAGGAACAAAUGAUCAAAGUUGGAAGGAAAAAGGAGCAACAUUUGGAGGAAAAUCUGAGCAACGUUGGAAUGAAAAAUGAGGGACAUUUGGAAGAGAAAAUUAGCAACAUUAGAAGAAAAAAACGAGCAACAUACGGAGGAAAAAAUAAGCAACUUUCAGAGGGAAAAAGUGGAUGAUAAACACAACAUUGAUUCACUGUUCUAUUGCUGAACAUUAAACCAUGUAUGUAUCAUUAUGUAAUUGUGAGGGAACUUAUUAUAUAUGGAGCUGCAUUCUGAGUAAACUGGGCUCAAAACAUAUUUGUAAAAUGUUGUCCCAGAUUAGCCUGUCCAGUUUGCACAGCCUGAUCAGGACAAUACCAUCGCUUUUAUGAACUUUUUUAUUUUAAUGAUGUCUCUUCUAAAUGAAAACCUAGUGUGAUCUCUUCUUAAAGAAAAAAUUCAUUAUAAUCAGAAUGUGCUGUCCCUGAUAAGCCCAUGCGAAAUGCACUUGAUAAUAUGGAAGGACACUGACACUGUGCACACAUGCAUUAAGCCCCAUUUUUUUAGAGCAAGAGUCAUAUACAAACGUAUAUAUGUUUGUGUGUGUGUGUGUUUUACAUACCAUUUUUUAACCGGUAACUUUCAAACUCUAUGUGCGUAAAUUACAGACUUCUAUUAAGUCUAACAUUCAUACUCCUUUGUGUUUGUGCAUAUGCUGCAUGAUAUAAUGAUGACUUAAUUGUAACUUUUUAUAUUCUUUUAUCUAUGAAACCCAUUUUUUUUGUAAAACGAAAAACUAAUGUAUUAAUCCUUACAGUACUUGUAACAUUGAUGCAUAAAGGCCAGUGUACGUUUAAUAGUGUCUAGCUAUACAUGCUUUUCAAACUUUUUUAAAAUUGUGAUAAAAGUGAAAAAAUACCUGACCACUUACUGAUCAUGUGAUGCCCUUCAUUGCUGUAUACAAGUAAGCAGCUGUUUGUCAUGUAUUGCAGCCUGGUAAAUAAAUACAUAAAUUAGUA